AGAGCGACGCCCUCGCCGCCGCCGUACCCGCUCAAGAGACGCGUGCCACAUGGUCGCGUUGCUGCUUUACGUCUUCGGCCAACGCGUCCGUCAGCCGCCAACUCUCAACCACUGCAGUCGAGCGGGAGUGUUUACGAACGGGGCUAGGGCGGCUCGUGAGUGCCUGUUCCCUCCACCGCUCUGGACUUACGUGUCGCCUUCGCCUCAGGGGAUGCGCCUCCUGGUGUUCUGCUCGCCGUUUCUCGCUCUCAUGCCCGGGCUCGUGCUGCUGGGGCGCGCCUUCACCAGCUGGCACCACCGCAUACUGGUUGCGUGCAUCGCGCUAGCCUGUGCACGAAGCGGAUUCCGCCUCGCGGCAACGUGCGGGACGACGCCGCACAAGGAGUCCGACUACUCCGGGCAGCCCAACGCGUUCCAGUGGUUUUAUCUCGCCGUCGUCUGUCCGUGCUACAUCACCUCCCUCUGUCCUGUCGCGAGCUACUCGCACCCGCUCUCACUGUGCGUGGCGUUGUUCGCUGCGAUCUGGUUCAAGGUGGCGGUCUGCAUGUCGCUCUGCCUCCACCGCUACGCCGCCCACGCCGCCUUCCAGUGUGAGGGCGCCACGCAGCUCGCGUGCGGGAUCUUGGGGUGCCUCGCCUUUCAAGGGGGCCCGCUCUGGUGGGCGGCAAAGCACCGCUCGCACCACAAGUAUUGGGACGUCGACUCGCGCGACCCGCACUCUCCCGCUCUGAUCGGAGACGCGAGUGCUUUCACCUUCUUCAUCGCGGGCGAUUCGGACGACGCCUGUGCGCGGAUGCAGGCCGUCGACGAGGACUUUGUCCCGGCGCACGCAGACUCGCGCACCAUGCGCUGGCUAGACACGUUCGGCGGCGUCCUCUUCCCGGCGCUUGAGUUCCUCGCCGCCUUCCAGCUCGGCGGAGACGCCGCGCUGUGGGUCAGCUUCUGCUCCUCCGCCCUCUGCCAGAGCGGCUCCCUCUGGUUCAACGUCAAGAACCACCCUCCGCACGGGGCACCCGAGUGCUCCGCCACGGCGCAGACCCCAGGUAUCCUCGGCGUCCUCGCCGGCCGCGGCCGAGGCAGCGAGGCCAUCACCGUCGUCUGCGACGCCGUGACGGCGCUGAUUGCGCCCCUCGCCGGCGAGGGUACCCACGACCACCACCACAAAUACCCCAGGCUCGCCGUGCGCCCCGGUGCCGACCUCUGUCGGUAUGUGGUUGCCGCCGCGAGCGCCGCCGGCCUGAUCCACAAGGUGCACUGGCUCGGACGAGUCGACGACUCGUCCAAGGCCAAUUAGCGCGGCGCCCUCUCUCGCGCGCGCCCUCUUUUUAGCUCUGCCGGCCUCUGUACUAUCGCCGUGCGCGCCGACAGAGGCGCCAGCGGUGUCUGUUACUGUUACACCAUGCUGCCCCAGCUCUCGGGGGGCACCUUUGUCCAAA